AUGCGCCUCUCUCAUUCUGAUCUAUCUAUCUAUCUAUCUAUCUAUCUAUCUAUCUAUCUAUCUAUCUCAUUUGCCUGUUCAUAUCAGCAUGAGACGAGUUGCUGGUUACGUGCAUCUUCGCAAUUCUCUCGUAUAAGACUUUUCUAUAGUUUCUUAGCAUGGCUGCAUAUGACAGUGAGAAAACCUCCGGCCAACAAUUGCAGCUACCGAGUUAGCGAUCAGUGUAAUUCUCUUCUCUCGACCAUUUUUCUUCUUUGCUUUCUCGACUCUGUCCUGAUCUAUCUAUCUAUCUAUCUAUCUAUCUAUCUAUCUAUCUAUCUAUCUAUCUAUCUAUCUAUCUAUCUAUCUAUCUAUCUAUCCCAGUCUGUUCUGAUCUAUCUAUCUAUCUAUCUAUCUAUCUAUCUAUCUAUCUAUCUAUCUAUCUAUCUAUCUAUCCCAGUCUGUCCUGAUCUAUCUAUCUAUCUAUCUAUCUAUUUAUCUCAGUCUGUUCUGAUCUAUCUAUCUAUCUAUCUAUCUAUCUAUCUAUCUAUCUAUCUGUUAAUCUUAAGCAAAGGGCAGACACUUGAGAUACAAAUGCGUAGCCUUCUUUCGUUGUUACUUACUUAUUCUUUCUUUCUUUUGUUGGUUGUAAUAAAGAACAAAGACUUGGGACAUAAAGUCAUUGUUUUCCGUUUUUCUACAUCUUUUGAUAUCAUUAUUUUCUUUCUUUCUUUUUUUCUUUCUUUCUUUUUUUCUUUAUUUCUUUCUUUGUUGACUUUUAUUCAUCUUUCUUCUUUUCUUUCUUUCUUUUUCUUUCUUUCUUUUUCUUUCUUUCUUUUUUUCUUUCUUUCUUUUCUCCUAUUCUUUAUUGACUUUUAUUCAUCGUUCUUUCUUUCUUUCUUUCUUUCUUUCUUUCUUUCUUUCUUUCUUUCUUUCUUUCUCAUUCUUUCUUACUGUUUUAAAACCAACCGUUUAUUUGAUAAAAAGACAAGAGACAAACGGAAAUCCAUCCUUACUUUUUCCAUUUUUUUUUUUUUUGGUUUCUAG